AUGGGGCACUAUUAUACAGUUUCUGCAGUGAUUGUAGGAGUUGGUACCAAUGCUUCCUAUAUUGAAAGCAAUGCUGGUAUCGCAAAAUGUCGGGGUCUUCUUACCGAUUCCGACCAAACGGUUGUCAAUGUAGAAUGGGGUAGUUUCCGGUCUCCGCAAGUACCAUUAACUCCUUUUGAUAUAUGUUCCAGUGAAGCAGAACACAAUCACUAUGACCAAGUAGAAGGGGAGAUGAGGUGUGGGUCAAACCCUAGCGGAUCUAGAAACUACUGCAACGAAGGAGAUGAGGUGCACUAA